AUGGCGAUCGCAGGCGCGUCCGUGCUGCUGUUCGCCUCCGUCUUCGUGCUGGCCAACGUGGUCAACACGGCGCGCGUCCCUGUGUACGACGAGUCGAUCACCAGCAUGUCGGAGAUGCUCGUGGCCCCCACCGCGGGGUCUGCGUCGCCGUCCCAGAUCCACGUUGCGUUCGGCGGUGAAGUCGCAGUGAAGAGCUACUCGGCCAUCCGGACGUCAACCACUACAGCGGCGGAGAUCCGACUGGGCAUGACCAUCUCCUGGGCCACGGACGUGAAGACGGCGACGUCCUCGGUGCGCUACGGACUGUCCGAGGACAGCGUGUCGACUGUGCAGCAGGCCGAGGAGCCGUGCGAGCAGUACGACUUCUGCAAAUACACGUCCCCGUGGCUCCACCACGUGACGAUCCCUGGCGACAAGCUGACCCCAGACACGACGUAUUACUACCAAUGCGGUGACGACGCGGGCGGCUGGAGUGCAGUGUACUCGUUCAAGACUGCCAUUCCCGUCGGCAGUGAGGCACCGCAGACUUUUGGCGUCAUUGGAGACCUCGGCCAAACAGAGUAUUCAGAGCAGACUAUCCGCCACCUCGAUGCUGUCAAGUCCAAGAUGAGUAUGAUCGUGUGCGCUGGAGAUCUCUCGUACGCCGACAGCGAGCAGUACCGCUGGGAUCGGUGGGGCAAGCUGGUUGAGCCGCUGAUCGCCCGGAUGCCGUGGAUGAUUUCGUCGGGCAACCAUGAAGUGGAGCGCCCCUGCCAACCUGAAGUCAGCAAGUUCGUUGCGUACCAGACGCGCUUCCGCAUGCCCUACGAGCGCGAGAACAAACUCCAGCGUCGCAACCUGUACUACGGCUUCCGCGUGGGCCUUGUGCACUUCAUCAUUCUGACCCCGUACGUCGAGUCGACGCCCGAUUCACUGCAGUACGAGUGGCUGAAGCAAGAGUUCAAGCGCGUCGACCGCAGUGCCACCCCGUGGCUGGUUGUGAUCAUGCACGGGCCGUGGUACAACAGCAACACGGCGCACCAGGGCAUGGAGCCGCACAUGAUCAUGAAGAAGCACAUGGAGGACAUCCUCUACGAGAAUAAGGUGGAUGUCGUGGUUGCAGGCCACGUCCACGCCUACGAGCGCAGCCACCCAGUCUACAAGGAGAAGGUCGUGGAAGACGGCCCGGUGUACGUCGUGCUGGGCGACGCCGGCAACCGCGAAGGCCUGGCGCCGACCUACUUCGACCCGCAGCCGGAGUGGUCAGCGUUCCGCCAGGCUGACUACGGUUUCUCGCUGCUGAACGUGGCGAACCGCACGCACGCGAGCAUGCAGUGGUUCGAGGAUCGGCCGACAGGCGACGCCAUCCUGCGCGACACGGUCACUCUGACCACGUCCAAGUUCCGGUCGUCGGGCUAA